AUGCAGAUUUGCGGACAAGAACAACGAUUGUUGUUAAGUGAUACUAGCAACUAUAAUCUACCUCAAAAUUCACUUGAGGUUAAGAGUUCUUGUGUGAUUGUAAUGUUUGCAGGGUCAUUCUUUCACAAUGGCAGAGUCCUCGUCAACGCCGGGACAGGACUCAAUGCCGAAGCAACUUUCGUCGAUAGUCUCUUGGUGAUAGAUAAGAAGAUUGCAGCUAUUGGAACUCGGAAAGAAAUAGAACCAUCAGACUUAACGGGGUUCAAGGUCCAUGACCUGCAGCAUCGUACAGUCCUUCCCGGCUUCAUCGACGGCCAUAUGCACCUCCUCCUAUUAGGACAAUCUCUUCGGAAACUCGACUUAUCAACUUGCAAAACGUUAGACGACAUCCGAUCCAGCAUUAGGUCAUACGCCAAGGCAAACCCGAAUCUACCAACAAUUCUCUGCAAAGGAUGGAGGCACUCGAUGACUCCGAAUGGAGUCUCGGCCGCUUUACUCGAUGAUAUUGAUCCCCGCCCAAUCUUUGUCGAUGCGAGCUCGUUGCAUUCAUCCUGGUGUAAUCAUGCAGCUCUGAAAGAGCUUGGAGUCGCCGACGUGCCGGAUCCGGCUGGCGGACGCAUCCAUCGCGAUGAGCAUGGGAGGCCAUCUGGUGUUCUCGAUGAAGGCGCAAUGAUGUCUAUCAUCUGGCCGUACCAAGCUUCCUCAUCCCCCAAAGAAGAGCGUAUCAAGGCUAUCAUCGCUGCGGUGAAGGAGUAUAAUGCGGCAGGAUAUACCGGCGUGGUGGAGAUGGCAAUGGAUGAGGAAGCCUGGGACGCGAUCAUCACCAUUCGGGAUACCCAGCCAGAUUUCCCGAUCCAUGUAGCCGCGUACUGGCUGAUCAAGCCAACAACGGAUCAUCAUGCCAACUCCCGUCAAGUUCGUCGCGCCAUUGAGCUGAGCCAAGUUUACAACUUCACCACUAGCCCGGACUUUCGUAUUGUCGGUAUCAAAGUGAUAUGCGACGGCAUUAUCGAUGCUUGCACGGCGUUUCUCUCGGAACCUUACGCACCGGCAGGCAAGCCCCCACCAAUCUGGGAACCGGAGUAUCUGGACCCCGUUGUUAAGGAAGCAAAUGAUGGUGGUCUCCAAGUCGCACUGCACGCCAUCGGAGAUGCGGCGGUUAGAAUGGCAAUCGACGCCAUUGAGAAGCACACCACCCCCGGCCGCCGCCACCGCAUCGAACAUCUAGAACUUGUGUCACCAGAAGAUGCAGUUCGCCUAGGCAGGUUGGGUCUCACAGCCUCUAUCCAACCAGUCCAUUCGGACCCGGCUGUCCUCGCUGAAUGGCCCCGCCUGAUCGGAGAAGAUCGUUGUCAUCGAGCAUUUGCCUACCGCGAAUUCGCCGACUCGGGGGCUUUGAUGGCUAUCGGCAGUGAUAGUCCGACCUCGCCGUGGGCACCGAUGGAGAAUUUAUACGUUGCGGCUUCGAGACGGUCUGCAAGAGAUCCAAAAUUCACUGGGACUUUCAACGAGCACUUCCGUCUUGGACUAUGUGAGUCUAUGACAGCCGCUACUUGGGGCGCUGCUAGCAGUGUGUUUGAUGAGAAACGUACGGGGAGCCUUGCGGCUGGAAAGUGCGCUGACUUCAUUGUGGUUGAUAUGGAGUGGGAUGAGAAGAGCUUGUUGCAAGCCCAAGUGGAGGAGACUUGGUUUGGCGGCCGGAAAGUCUGGGAUAUCUGGGAUCCAGUGUCGUCUUAG